AAAAGCAGCGCGAACAUUUCACCUUCACAGUAUUACCUCAGUGGGUGUUGUAUGAACGCACGGUAGUAUAUCGAUUGCAGUUUCUGGCCCAGAUGGAGUACCAGCCGCGAUAAUCAUGAACAUAUAGAAUCACUCAGACAGCCACCCCCAGAGUGUCCGUUACCGGAACAUGCCGUGCAGAGUUGGGCGGCUCAUCCCCGCUGCCUUAUCUUCUUCUGUACGGCUUAGCGUGUAUUUGCUUGUACAACAGUGUAGGGAGAUAUCCGGGUCGCGACCUGAGGCUGUACACCACACAGGGUUCGAGGCGAGUGGGGAGAGGCCCUUAUGGUGCAACCUGCUAUGACGAGUCGAGCUGCGCAAGCGUCAGGACACCUAUUGUUCCAGGACUGACCGGUGGCGUGUGCGACAGGUGUCGUCUCGACCAACAUGGCCAUGGCCAUGAAAGAGGCGGAGACCCCGCCUCCCGACGCCGUGGCCUUGGGAAGCAGCACGGACUCAGACGAGGACGAGUCGGCGUCACCACAGCGCCGCAGCUCUGUCACCAGUAACCCCGGGAAGCGAUGGGGAAGGCGGCGGCAGUCCUACACCGAGCAGAAACGGAAAAAACAACAACAGCAACACGACAAGCACAAGUGCAUGGAGGGAGACAUUGAGAUGUUUCGGGGCAUGAAGAAAAGGUGUAUGAAGCGAAGGUCCAAACAGCAAAAACGCAGCCCACAGCAGAUGAGCAGGUGUCGGGAGGCCUGCACCUGUCCGGUGCACAACAUCCAGCCCAGCGGGGGAUACUGGAUCGAGUGCUCGGGGCGGGAAAACACCUCGCCCGAGGACAGACAUGACGGCAAAGAGUCGUCUGACACCGACCAAACGUCAGCUGACGCAAAGAGAGUGUUUCACUUAGAGCCGACGGAAGAAGAGCAAUACCGAAAACAUCUGUAUGGAAAGCAACAUUGGAUUUACUACGCGUCUGAUGCAGAUAUCGGGCCGGUGGUCGUUGCCCUCCGACAAGAGCAAGGACAUGAAAGAGAAACCAUUCGACUACAGGUCCGUACGGGUGCCCAGUCGCUGGUGGGUCUGGUGCCGUUCUCUGCCCUGUGUGCGAACAGGUAUGACGCGGACCGCAUCUCAGCAGCCCUGGGGGAGGAGAUGGGGGUGGCCGGGCUGCACAGCGUCAGCCAUCCGCUGGCACCGGAGCAGCUCGUCAGGCUGGACGAUGAGCUGGAGAAGUCCGACUUCAAGGUGGGAGUUCUGUACGUGAAGGAGGGGCAGACAAAAGAGGAGGACAUCUUCGCCAACACCUGCAGCAGUCAGCUGUUUAACGAGUUCUUAGGAAACCUCGGGGAGCGGGUCAACCUGAAAGGUUUUGACGGUUACUGUGGCGGACUGGACAGGUCAGGUGACCUGACGGGUGAAACGUCGGUGUACACGGAGUGGCGGGGGCUCCGGCUCAUGUUCCACGUCUGCACACUCCUACCGCACGACCCUGCAGACAGUCAACAGGUCCAGAGGAAGAGGCACAUCGGGAAUGACCUGGUGUGUGUGGUGUUUCUGGCGGCCACACGGACAAGCUUCAACCCGUCAGUCAUCCAGUCUCACUUCCUGCACACCUACAUCGUGGUACAGGCCGACCCUGAACAGCGGCAUCCGCAGUAUAAAGUGUCCGUGGUGUCGCGGGAUGAGGUAUCACCUUACGGACCGCCCCUGACAGAGAGACACAUCUUUAGUAACGACUCGACAUUUAGAGAGUGGCUGUUGACAAAGAUCGUGAACGGUGAAAGGGCAUGUUACUCCAGUCCCAAACUGGCCUCUAUGCGGGAACGCACCAGGCGACACCUCCUGGACGAGCUGGUCAAGGACUUCUCAGAACAGAGCGAGAUUAUGAAGCAAGGAAAUCCUCUUUUCGGAAAUCGCAACAGAUCCACGCUGCUGCCGGACACUGUGCAGCAGGACGUCUGUAAGGUGGACGAGCUCAGCGCAGACUUCGCCACCGCCUUCUCAGGAAACAUGGCGGGCGUGUGUGACGUCACAUUCAUAGUCGGUCGGGAGCGAGCCCGCGUCCACGGAGUUCGAGCGAUCUUAGUGCUCAGAAACAGAGUCUUCAGAGACAUGCUGUUGGUCCAGUCUGACAAGAAGGAGAAGCCUGGCACCCCGUCCUCCUCCCCGCGGUCCCCCACAGCCCGCCGCCCCAGCCUCAGCGCGCCCGCCAGCCCGGUCUCCAAGUCUAAGAACCCGCUGCACCGCGUGCUCAACUUCACCAAGAGCGAGCAGCUGCGACCGCAUGACAGCUCAUCCAAAAAGCUGGAUAGAAAAUCGCCCACUAACUUCAGCUGGCCGAGAACGCCCCAGUUGCCGAAGACUGUGAAGGCCCUAGCGGAACUCGGUCGCGCUGCAUCCACCUCCACCAUCCCCAGCAAGCCUGCAGUGCCUGCACCAGACGAGUACCCCAUCCCAGACUUCGACCCGGCCGUGUUUUCCACCCUGCUCUGCUACCUACACACAGGGACAUGCACCAUCAGUCCUGACGUGUUACCAGGCCUGGCUGCUGCUGCUGACAAGUUCGAAGUGAAAGAUUUGAAGAAGGCCUGCCUCCGUUAUACCUCCAAACACCUGACUACUGAAAACGUAAGUGGACAGUCAAGAAUAAUUGAUAACUUCAAUUGA